AUGGAGACAACGGUUGCUUUACCAGUGAAGAUCCCACCAGGACUUCUUAGACCCCUGGCAUAUCGAGUUCUGUCGAAAAAGUACGGGCUCAAUAUCAAAUCGGAUGGGCUAGCAGCUUUAGCAGAAUAUAUUGGCACUAGAUUUGGAAUAAACUGGAGAAAAGACAGCGGAACUUUUCAGUUUUUGGAGCAAUUCGCUGCUAUUUGGGACCAGCAAGAACGAGGACUAUUCAUCGAUAAAAUUGGUGUAGACGAGGUGAUUCGUGAAGUAAAAGAGAGAGCACGGGCUGCUGAAAAACCACCGGCUAGAAAAGCGGAACCAAAAUCGAACUCUGAGGGAAAAUUGAAGACUUUAGAUAAUAUUUUGGCGAAUCGUGCGGAUGCUCAACCAGCAGAAAAGGUGCUCGACUCUGGAACCCAGACCCAGGAUCCCGCCGAAGUGGAUACAGAUGAUGAAGCUGGUCAGAACGAUUCAAGAACUGAUAGUCCAGAGCCAUCGUUGGAUUGGCGAUCCUACUACAAGGUGAUCGAUGCGCAGAGUCAACAGAAUUUUAUAUACGACUCAAUGAGUCGCCAGUAUAGACUGAAAGCUGCCAAUGCCAAGAAAUCCAUAUUGCCCAAUGUUGCAUCCAAUGUGGCUUUAUUUUCAACCCGAUACCACAUUCUAAAAGACAGAAUUAUGCGAAAUGAGUUGUUUCAAGGCGGUGGUGACACUUUCAACCCACUCUCGUCCAUGGCCAAUCUCAACGGCUCGUCAGGGAGUGCAGCUUCUCAGAGUAUGACUAUAACACAGAUCAAAAAUCUUCUUGGGAGAGACGGCAAGAGUUUCCUCAUAUUAGGACUUCUGAGACUGAACGCAAAGGGUAACUGGACCCUUGAAGAUCCAUCUGGUUCUUUAGAAGUUGAUUUAAGCCAGGCCAUGCCGACCGAAGGAACUUUUUACGUACCAGGCUGCAUAAUUUUAGCGGAGGGUAUAUAUUACUCUGCUGCCCAUAAAUUUUAUGUCGCAUCCGUGGCCCAUCCGCCAGGUGAGAGGAGAGAAUCCACAUUGGAAGCCAUAGGUAACCUGGACCUCUUAGGUGUUCACCAACCAUCGAACUCGAACUACAUUUCCAGAGUUGACAAAGAGCUAAAAAUUAGACUACAUUUGCUUGAGAGAGAACUGACAGACCACAAGAUUGUGAUUCUGGGAGCUGAUGUUUUCCUCGACCAACUUUCUGUAAUGGAGGCGUUGCGCAAAGUCUUCACAAAAUUAGACGCGGAUCCACCAAUAACGCUGGUACUACAGGGCUCCUUUACUUCUUCGCCAUUAUUUCCUGUGAUGAGCAGUAAAAAUAUCAGCGCCACGACUGCUUAUAAAAACAUAUUUGACUCCUUGGCACUUUUACUUUCGAAUUUCGAGCGCUUGAUAAAUGAGACGACAUUUGUCUUUGUUCCGGGGCCCAAUGAUCCAUGGACAUCGAUGGUGAGUCUUGGAACCACUGGAAUCUGGCCUCAAAAGCCCAUUCCGGGAAAGUUUACGCAACGGAUCAACAGAAUCUGCAAAAAAGUGUUCUGGGGGUCUAAUCCAACUAGAAUUGCGUAUCUAUCGCAAGAGCUCGUUUUGGUUAGAGACGAUAUGAAUGGAAGAUUCAAAAGGCACAAUAUCUUGUUUCCAGCUACAACGGAGCAGGACGAAGACGGCGAAGAGGACGUAACUCUCGCAGAGGAUUCCUUGAUGCAAGAAAUUAAUGAUAACUACGAAGGCAUAGAUCAGUUAGUGAAGUCUCAAGACCAGUUAUCUGCGGGCGUGCAGGAGGCUCGUAAAUUGGUGAAAACUAUAUUAGACCAAGGCCAUAUCUCACCAUUUGCCGCCUUCGUGAGGCCGGUGGUGUGGGAUCUGGAUCACACACUGCAUUUAUCACCUAUUCCAACUACAUUGUUGUUGACUGAUACGACGGCAUCUCAAUUUGAAGUGACAUAUAACGGUUGCAAGACUGUCAACACGUCCAGCUUUAUACACAAGCGUAAAGCAAGGUAUGUGGAAUAUAUACCUUCGACCAGGAUUAUAGUGCAAGAUGAAGUUCAUUUUUGA